AUGUCCCAACUCCCAACACCGGGUCUACCAAAGCCCAGAUAUUCUGGAAUUCCUUCAGCAGGGAAAUCCGGUCUUCCCGCGCCCGGCAUCCGCGCACGAUCAACGACGACGGCAGGAAAUGCCAGUCCUGGAGGGACGCAAGAGUCACCCGUCGCACCACGGACAACAAACGGAACAGGCAUAGCUAACGGAGUGUCUCGUCUAGCUAGCAGACCCAGCAACGCGUCCAAUGUUGCAGUAUCCCCCGAGCCCGGGACGAGCAAGGGCGUGUACGGGACACCAGUGACAAGCCCCAGCUAUAAUCGUGGGAGCUUCACGUCCAACGGACCCCGUGCGAGUCUUGGACGCCCGCCGUCGUCUGCUUCCGCCACAAGUUCGCGCUACGGAGAGCAAGGCGUGCCUGUGACACCUCCAAGGAGACAGAGUCUUGCAUACGGCACAGGUUCCGCCGUGAAAAUUGGUGGUACACCCCGCUCGGCCGCGACUUCGCGCUCUGAGAGUCGCACCUCUGAUGCAUACACAAGAGACUCAAGCCGCGCGUCCCAGCGACCCCUCGAAGUUGGAGAUCCAGUGAAGAUUGAGUCUUUGGGACUCGAAGGAACGCUGCGAUUCUUAGGAGAGAUUGACGGCAAGCCUGGUCAUUGGGCAGGAGUUGAGCUCAGUGGUUCAUUCGCUGGGAAGGGGAAAAACGAUGGAUCAGUCGCUGGAGUCCCGUAUUUCUCGUGUCCUCCCAAAUGUGGAGUGUUCGUCGCAUCUACCAAGAUCACACCAAACCCAGCAGCAGUGGCCGCAAUCGUUCGUCCUCCUUCGAGUGCAUCAUCCAUCGCGUCUCCAAUUAGUGUCCGGCAACGCAAGGCCUCAUCGUCUGCACAAGCCUCCCUGGUAGCGCAAUCGAGGAUUACUGAAGGGUCACGAGCUAGCAAAUAUAUCGGCAUAACGGCAAAGCAACUCUCCACGCGGAACCUAUCCUCUAUAGACUCUCCUUCUCCUUCGCAGGUCAGCCCAGUGAAGCCAUCCCCAAGACCAAGCAGCCCACCUCGGCCGACAAUGACCACAACUCAGACCACACCCAAGGCUCCUAGAGCAUCAUUCGGUUUAAAGCCACGCACGUCCGUUCCGGCGCUAGCGACUCCCCGACCUGUCAAAGCGCGGCUCUCGACUUUGGAUAUGCCGCCACCGCCUGUUCCUGACAAAAAGCCACCCCUGACACCCGCUUCGAGUACAGCAAGCAACGACUUUGCGUUCGUCGAUGAGCCAAACCCCGAUACACAGGGAUAUGUGCAUAUCAAUGGAACCAGCCCUCUUCCAUCGCCAUCUCCUGCUGAAAGCGGUCGAAGCUCCGUCUAUGCUACCCCAUCACCUGAGCCUAGCUAUCAUAUACAGGAGAUUCAACGCCUCAAUGAGACGAUUCAGUCAUUGGAAGCACAGAACAAGGUGCUGCAAGCCCAGGCUCAAGCAGCCGCUGCACCUCCGCCACCACCAGUGGAUGACGGUUCGAAAGCAAUCCUGGAAGAGCAAGCGCAGGCGGCCCUCAAACGAGUCACGGAACUCGAGGCGUCGCUACGAACCAGCGAAAAGGGGAACAUGGAACGGCAGUCCAAGCUAGAAUCCCUGGAACGACAGAUGAAUGAGAUGAAAGAGGAAACACAAAAGAUUCAAGCAGAAGGCGAGACACGGACUCGAGAGGUCAAGGUCAAGCUGGAGGAAUCAGAGGCGCUGGUUGCUAGCUUGAAGAAUGCAAUCGAUGCCCGAGUCUCUGCAGCAUCGGAGAACGAUGCUGUUCUUACUGCGAAACAAGCGGAGAUAGAGGUUCUUCAGGGUCAAGUCGCCCGACUCUCAGGUGAUCUUGAGCGAGAGCGCUCGGAACUGGGCAUUCAGGUUCAAGAGUUGCGCAGUGCUGGCCAGGAAACAAUUGCACUUUACGAAGAACGUAUUCAUGCGUUCGAGGCCGAGAGAUACGACAUGGAGGCCGUGAUUGCGUCCUUGGAGGAGAAGCUACGGAAUGCUGAACAUGUCCCAUCACCAGAAGAGCUCGCCCAACAAGCGUCUACUGCUGCUCAAAUCGACAACGAAACGCUCAAGGAGCAAAUUGCGCAUCUGAACCAACGUAUCUCUCACCUGGAAGACCAACUCGAAGAGGCACAGGUUGCGGCGGAACGCGAAGAGGCCGCUGUACAAACAAAGUUGGCCCGCUAUAAGGAAAAGGAUGCUCAGAGGCAGCAAGAGCUGGAAGAGGCUCGACGGCUCGCCUCCACUACCGCUAAGUCGGAGUCCUCUGCGCGUACGAGAAUCGAAGAGCUCGAGGCCGCGCUCCGAGAGAACACAAUUGCCUUGGAGGAUGCGCGCGCAGAAAUCGAAAGCCUCAGAACCGAUCUGACGAAUCUGGAAAACUCGACGGAGCCCUCGGAGCGACCCUUAGAGCCAGUGAAUACGGACCACACAGCAGCUGUAGAAGCAAAACAUCUCAAAGCGCUGCUGGAUGCAUCCAAGCUCGAAACACAGGCGACUGCAGAACAGCUUGCUGCCUCCAAAGCUCAAGCGGAAGAAAGUGCUCGCCUCGUCAAAGACUUGCGAGAGCUCAUUGAGAGUUUGGAGAAGGAGAAAGCAGAGAUGCAGAAGUCGCUACUUUCUCGCCCCAAGGAUGAGAGCAGCAAGCGAAGUUCCACUGGCUCCACAUCUUCACGCACCAAGGACGACAAUCUCAGAGAUCAGGUCUCUGGGCUGAAGAUUAUGAUGCAAGAGCUACAGAAGGAGAAUACGGCCUAUGCUUCCAAGAUUCGAUCACUAGAGACGGAGAACAAGAUUCUCGUCACAGAAACUGAGGAUCUCAAGGAAGCCGUGAAGACUCUUGAGCAAGCCAUUGACGAUAGUAUCCAACGCGAAGAGCAGAUGCUCAAGGAAGAGCAAGAGGCUGGAGGGAGUGGCGGCGGCGAUUCUGAAUCGCUACAGAGGAGUGUCAGGGAAGCAAGGCUCGAGGUCGAUCAACUUCGAAAGAAGUUGGCCGAUGCCGAGAAGAAGAGCGCAAAGACGAUAUCAGAGCUCAACAAAGAAGUGGCUGAUUUGGAGAGCCUCGUAGAAGCCAAGAUAUACAGGGAGGAUGACUUGGAGCGAGAGAUUGAACGACUCAAGGACAAGUUGCAGCGUGCCCAGUCCAAGAGUUCCAAGUCGAGUGGAGGUGACUACUUGUCCUCCAAGUCGAUGGGCCGCUCAAGCCAUACGCGGUCGUCAACCGUCACGCAACAGACGGUCUCCAAGCAAGAGGAGGAGCCGGCCAAUCUCAAAUGCGACGUUUGUGAGCAGUCUGGGCAUGACAUCUUCAACUGUCCUAUCCUCAAAGACGACUCGACGCCUGCAGCAGACGAACCUUACUGUGUCGAUUGUGAUAGUCAUGGUCAUUCGACCGUUGAUUGUCCUCACGCGCAUGACGUCUUUUGA